UUGAUAAAUAUCAAAAUGGGUACAAAUUGGCGAGAAUUAUUUCCAACGAAAGUCACUUUUGUUAUAUUUUUGCUAUACAUAUCGUUGUUCAUUGGACAAGGUAUAUUCGUAACCGCCUCACAAGAAUCCAAUAACUCCUACAGCUAUAAUACAAUUACCGUGGUACUUCUUACCGAAAUAUUAAAACUUGUUGUAUCAGCUAGCUUGUAUUGCAGAGAAAAAAAAUUCAUCAAUCUACUGCAGGAUGUCCGAAAGGAUUCAAAUGUUAUGAUGCUAUACUUCGUUCCUGCAUUUCUGUACUGCCUCUACAACAAUUUAGCAUUUGUCAACUUGUCGACGUUUGAUCCAACUACAUAUUACCUACUCUUACAACUACGUGUCGUGAUAACUGGCAUUCUAUUUCAGAUAAUUUUUAAAAAAUACCUGACACGUCGUCAAUGGGUGUCGUUACUGUUGCUUACGUUUGGUUGCAUGCUGAAACAAAUUAAUCUGAAUAGCUUAUACGGCGACACAAAUGACGAUAGCGAAGCCGCUGCAGUUCAACAAGUGAGUCUGGGCAGCACCGCUGCUACGGCACCGAAGGUGAGCGGAAAGAACAUGUCUGGUUUCGAUUUUAGUUUAAGUGCACUCCUAAUAUUGGCGCAAACAAUAUUCUCCUGCCUUGCUGGCGUUUAUAAUGAAUAUUUGUUGAAGGAUAAAGGUGCUGAUGUGAAUAUAUUUGUACAGAACGUAUUUAUGUAUAUAGAUUCGAUUGUGUGUAACGUCUUAAUAUUAUUUCUGAAUGGGCAAUUGGUUGGCGCAUUCACGUGGGAAAGUCUGCACGCCAUUUUUCGUUUUAAUGUAAUUAUAAUCAUAGUCAACAACGCCGCAAUCGGUAUUGUAACUAGUUUUUUCUUGAAAUAUAUGAAUUCGAUUGUAAAGACUUUUGCCAGCGCCUUAGAGUUACUAUUUACCGCUAUACUCUGUUAUUUCCUCUUCGCCAUACCCAUUUAUAUUAAUACCGCGCUUGCCAUUGCUGUAGUAUCGUUUGCUAUAUAUCUAUACUCACAGAGUCCGGUUGUCAACACAGGCAAAGUACGCCCAAUAAAUAAGAUAAGCGAGGCUACAUUAACAGCUCAAGAUAAACGCAAGUUGUUAGACUCGGAUGGUGAAACUGAUCUGGAAAUGGAUAUAGUGUAGUAAGCACGAUUAUUUUACCUGACACCGCGUAGAGUAAUUUACUGGCUUACAAAUUGUGAGUGAUGAGUGACAGCCUUUAGUGUAGAUUGUAAUUAAAUAUUAAGAUGUACUUUAGUUUAAUAUUUUGAUAUGAAUGUGCAAAUUAUAAAGAACAUAAUUUAAGGCUUUAAAUGUGUUAAUUAGUGUUUAUUUUAACAAUGUUCAACUGAAAACUUUUCUCAAAGAAAAAUACGUUCAACAUAUAGUUUCAUAAUCUGGUGAACUAAUAUUUUUAAAACACAUUUUAAUUAUAUACUAUAUUGGAAAGUAUUUACGAAUAAUAUGUUAAACCUAAUUCGAUAAGACUUACAUAUUGA